AUGAAUAAAAAUAUGAAAAAUAUUUUAAAUGUUUCCCCUAAAAGAAAUAAUAACAUAUCUAAUGAUUACUUGGAAGAGAGCGGAAGAUCACGCGCAUCCACAAUGCAAUCUGUAAUAACCACUUCAACAACUUCCAACAGAUUACCGGUAGAAUUUAAUCGUACUUUAUCAACAGUGCCAAGUUUUUCUAAACCAACAACAUCCUCUCCAUUAGAUCAAGAUGGCAACACAAUAAACGAUGAGGGCCAUAAUAAGGCUGUUAAACUAGCACAGAAAAAACCAACACACCAUGUUAAAAUUGUUGUGGUUGGAGAUGGCGCAGUGGGGAAAACAUGCUUGCUAAUAACUUACACAAGUGGUCGUUUUCCAACAGAUGCUGACUACGUACCAACUGUUUUCGAUAACUAUGUAACGAAUAUAACUUACAAAGACAAAUACAAUAUUGAACUAGCACUUUGGGAUACUGCAGGGCAAGAAGAGUACAACAGGUUAAGACCAUUAAGUUAUUCUGAUGUGGAUAUUCUACUAGUUUGUUAUUCUGCAGAUAACAAGACGUCUUUUGAAAACGUAAGAGAGCUAUGGAUUCCAGAAGUUGUUCAUUUCUGUCCAAGAACACCCAUAAUAUUAGUUGGAUUAAAGAGCGAUAGAUAUUCUGACAAAUACUCUGAUGCAUUUGUUGACCCAUUAAAGGUAGAACAAAUGGUUAAGAAUAAGGAAUUUGCAAACGUUUUUGUACAUUUGCAAUGCAGUGCUAAAAGUGGGUAUAAUAUCGAGGAAAUUUUUAAUACGGCGAUUUCUACCGUUUUAUAUGACGAGUUAAGAGUUGAUCAGGAAAACGAAAGGAAACAAAAAAACUCAUCCAAUGAUAAUAAUAAUAGCAAGAGCAGAACUCUUUUUACAGUUGGUAAAGAUAAUAACGAUGAUAAACCAAAAUCUAGUUCAACAGGUAGAAAAAAACCUCGUAAAAUCAAAUGUGUUAUUUUGUGA